AAACUCCAAUUGCCAAGUACGGGGAGGAAAACCUGUAAGUAACUAGAAAGAUAUAUCGCAAAGCCAGAGCACUCAAUGAGCACAACAGUGGCAAUACUUAAAAGCUACUAACAAUCAUUUUAAUGAUGAUUCAAAAUAUGUGUGGAAUUGCAAUCACAAUUCUCCUAUUUGUUUUUCCAGCUACAAAUCGAUCAAAAAGGGGUCUGAGGUUGCAUCAGGGAGACAACUAUAAUGAUAUAAGUAAGCAAUAGUUGAGAACCUGACAGCAAGUAAUAAGACAGGAAGAAUAAAACUAGAAGAAGUCAGAAUGAAAACCAAAAAAGUAUGAGACUGGGAUCAUUUUGUAUGAAGACAAACAUAACUUUAUGUCUCAAAAACCUCAGUAGGACUGUACAAUGCUUGAUUUUCAUAAUGUUCUCUUGAUGUCAUCAAAAAAUAUUAUACUCUGAAUAUUGCUCACAUGAAUAUGCUGUCUAAAAUUCUUCCAUGGAUUCACACUUCUUACAGGACAUGAUUUAAACCUCUAAAUAUGACAUUGCCCUCUAUAACCUGGUCCCAGUUACUCUCUCUGAAAUGUACACAGAGAGUAUACACAGAAUACUCUCUGAAAUGGACUUUCCAUGUACAUUUCAGAUACAUCUCUUAGCAGAGCAAGCGACAUCCUAACUAUCACACUGCAAAAUAAUUGUCAGAUGCUAUUACUAGUAGUUAUUUUUAUGGUUAUGAAAAGCAUGGAACACAGUGCCUGGCCCAUCGUCAACAGAUAUGAGUUGCAUUCCCAGAGAAGCAAGGAUCCCAGAGGGAGUUUGAGCUACAUAUAUGGGAAAUAAGACAGGCUUUUCUCAUUGAUAAUAAGUAGAGCAUGUAGUCAGUGGAAUCAGAAAGAUAGCAUCCAGAAGCUUCAGGAUGGUAACCAAUGUCAUGAUUUCAAACUCAUGAGGCCAUUUGGCCAGAAUGAACAGAGGCAGUCACCAGAUAUGAAGAAGUAGGAUAGAAUCUGGAAACUCCAUAAUGGGACAAUGGGGUGGAAGCAGAGGAGAGCAGACAGAACCUGGGAAGAUUUGCUGAAGUACUUAAAUGGAGCAGCAGGGGCUUCAUAAGAACAUUUCAACCUCAUUUCUGGUGAGGUGGUAUGAUGGUUUGGAUAUGGUUUGGUUGCCGCCACCACACGUCACCUUGAAAUUUUAUUCCCAAUAUGGUGUUGUUGGAAGGUGAGUCCUAGUGAAAGGCAUUUGGGCUAUGGGGGUGGGUCCCUCGUGAAUGUUUUGGUGCUGUUCUUACGGUAAUGAGUGAGUUCUCACUCUUAUGAGAGUGCAUUAACUCUUGUGGGAUCAGAUUUGUUCUUGCCAGAUGUAGCUGUUAUAAAGCCAGGAUGUCCCUUAGAUUUUGUUCUCUUCGCACAUGUUCGCUUCCCCUUUGAAUUUCUCCACCAUGUUUUGACACAACACAAAAGCCCUCACCAGAAGCCAGAGGCAUGAUCUUUAACUUCUCAGCCUGCAGAAUGAUGAGCCAGAUAAACCUCUUUUCUUUAUAUAUCACUGAGUCUCAGGUAUUCUUUUAUAGCACCACAAAAUGGACUAAGACAAGUAGAACUUACUUAGAACAUUGAGUUGGUUAGGUAAACAGGAAUUUUAGCAAUAUGAGAAAUUAUUAAUUUCUGAUUGACAGCUCAUGAGUUAAGGCUUGCUUUACGCUUUCUUAAUAUUAACCACCUUUCCAUAAACUUGUACUGUGAGUACUAGAAAUGUCUAUCUAUUCUUGCAUAACAGAUAUUUCUAUCAUGUUCACUAACACAGUGUUUUGGUUUAACAACCCCUUUGCCUAGGAACCCAAAACAAUUUUAGAAAUGAAACCAGUGUACUUCCAAGUGAUAUAAUCCAUUCAUUCAACUAUUUAUUGAGCAACUUCUCAAAAAUACGCCAGGCAAUGCCAGGUACUGAAAAUAUAAUAUUGAAUAAAACAAUCAUGGUGCUUGCUAUUUUAGAAUUUACAUUCUAAUAAAUCUGUGUUAACUACAUGUGGGUUUCUCCUAACAAUAAUCAGGCUGUACUGUAAUCCAUCUCUCACAUGUUUAAGCUUUCUUCUAUCUCAGGUUGAUAUCAUAGUCCACCUCUCACUUUCCCCUAAGUUAAAGGUAUUAUUUAUUCUUGGUGAUCAUUUGCAACUACUUGCAUAGAUCUCAGGAUACAGUGUUUGUGACAGGUUUCUUGUUCUUGUGAACCCUCUGCCUCUUAAAAUGGCUCUUUUGAACAGAAUCCAAAAUGACUGCAUGUAAGCUCUUUCUUCUAUGUUGUCUGUAUUUCAGCCAAAAGAAGCACUUAUACAUCUCUUGUCCCUAUAAAUUCUAGAAGUCUCAGAUGGUCUUAAUAUAGACAACUCUUUCCUAUUUACACAGUGAUUGCAGCUUUCUCAAGUCCUUUGAGUCUCCCAAUAGCAAGAGGGAUAUUUCAAGCUUCCGCAGUGAUUCCACAGAAGCCCCCACAUUAGGCUUCAGGUUGGGUAAAGAAGUAAAAAAUAAUAAUCUUCUCAAGAUACGAAUAGCAUAACCUAAUACUCCCUCAAAGCAGCAACAACAGCAAAACAGCAGCUCUCUGCAAAGAAGUUCUUUGGAGAAGUUCCUUCCUAUCUCCACAUUCUGUCUUCUCUGGGCACCUUGUUCUAGCCAAAAGGUAGAAGAGUUGUAGAGAUGGUUCUUAAUCAUUUCCUUCAUGAAUUCUUUAUUUGAGUGAAUCUGUGUAUAUUAUUUUUAUCAUUAAUAUCUAUCAUUGAUGGCUCAUUCAAAACUGAAGACAGUCCAUUUUAACGUCAUUUAUAAUAGAGAUGGUGAUAUGGUUUGGCUGUGUCCUGAUCCAAAUCUCAUCUUAAAUUGUAGUUCCCAUACUCCCCAUGUGUCGUGGGAGGGACCCAGUGGGAGGUGAUUGAAUCAUGGGGGCGGUUACCCUCGUGCUGUUCUCAUGAUAGUGAGUGAGUUCUCACAAGAUCUGAUGGCUUUAUAUGGGACUUUCCCCCCUUGCUCCACGAUCCUCCUUCCUGCCACCAUGUGAAGAAGGACAUGUUUGCUUCCAUUUCUCCAUAGUUGUAAGUUUCCUGAAGGCUCCCCAGCACUGUGGAACUGUGAGUCAAUUAAAUCUCUUUCUUUCAUACAUUACCCUUUCUUGGGCAGGUCUUUAUAGCAGCAUGAAAACAGACUAAUAAAGAUGGAAUUUCUGGUAACGUCAUCUCGGCAUUUUUCUCAGAUACAGUUGUUGUCACAACAAAGAAAUCAGCAAAAGUCACAGAGGAAACUACUUGAAUAAUUCAGAAUCUAUAAAGAAAAUGGAAGGAUUUGGAGGCGCAAUAACCCAGGAACAUAGUUGUGUAGUGAUUUAAUAAUUACAGAGAUAAUCACCCCCUUUCCCAUACUUGCCACUAAGGCUGUUAGAUAAUAGGGGACAAGUAGUACACAAGAUGUACAAUAAGUUGCUAAAACCAGGAGUCAUCUCUAAUAAGAAAAGCAAUUUUUGAGUCUCUAUCUUAUACAAGUAACGAUCUGAUUCUUAUUUUUGACUACAGAAAAACAGGUAAGAGCAUUUAGCCACAUAGCUUCAGGACUGGUUUUAACAGAAGUCCAUAAAUAAUUUUCCUGGAUGAGAAGGCUUGCAGGUAGUUUUCUGUGAGUUUUGUGUGGGAGACUCUGGGUGGAGCUCUGAGAUUAAAGCAAUGAGGCCCCUUAGCUUGGGAUAUGCCUUAGCUAAAACUUGAGUUGAAGUGGAAAUUUAAAAAAAAAUUUUAUCUGCACUGGAUAGGAUCAAUGUAUAGUCACAUUUGGAAUGCAAUGUGGAGACUUUUUAGGUAUUCAUGAGACUUUGCAUUGUUUAGAAAUAAUAGGUGUCCAAGACCAUUCAAAUGACAGAAGAAAAAAUGAAACAUGACCUGAAUUGUCUUUAAUCCUUAUCUUGUCAAGACUAAAUAGCUGAUUAUCAUAUAAACUAAACUCCAUUUGUAUUCCAGAAUUUUCUAUCUCGUUUUCAUCUGGCUGGCUGUGGCCACUUUUCUGAGUUUAACAUGGGAGAUACCUCAAGAGACCACAGUCGAGUUCGGGCACUGGUAAAGGCAUCUGCAUCAUGUCACAUUCAACCACAGGAUCCAGAAGCAAAGCUAAUCUAAUGUUAUUGACAUAUUUCACUGAAGCCCAUAAUCUAUGAGGGGUUCACACAGCUGUGCCUGGGGUGAGAUGUCAAAGACAAAUACUUCAUCUAGAGCUCCAGCUGUUGCAACAGCUUCUCUCAGUAUCCUUAUGGGGAUCCUAUGAGGAUUCAGUAUGACAAUGCAUACAAAACACCUACUCAGUCCCUGUUCUGGCACAGUGCAAGUGCUCAGUGAUUGUUAGCUGUAAUUAUGAGGAGGAUGAUGAUCUAAAAUGUAAUCACCUGCCCUAACUUCUUUUUAUAUUCUGACAAAUCAAAAUGAGCACUCAUGCUCCAUUUUCAGUUCCUACCCCCAAAACUAAUUUUUACCUAACAAAACCAAUGCAUGGCCUCUGCUAGCAGGAGAAAUGAUGUAAGCUCUUUCUAUAUACAAAGAGAGACACCAUAUCUGACUUUUACACGAAUGUAUUCUCACUGACAGUAACUAACCAAGGACCAAACACUAACAGGGAUUCAAAAGAAGAAAAGAUGGUGCCAUGUGACAACAUGUCUUCAACUGAGUUGAGCUACUUUUUUCCCUGAAGAAACAUAAGUAGCAGGCCAUGUGAGACCGAAGCUUGUUCAAUAUUCCUAGUGUGAUCUGCUUGUAAUGAGAUCCCCUGGCUCAUUUCUGGAUUCUGACUGUGCAGACCCAAGGGAGACAUGACAGUCAUUUUUUUCUUUUCCCUCCACUGAGAAAGAAUUGAUAACAUCCUAAGGAGCUCAUCUCAGGUAAAGAAUAUCUUUACAGAUUUCUGAAUUCUAGAUUGGGGAGACCAUUGUUCUUUCAAGGUCUGACCAGUUCUUUCUAAUUCCUGUCUUGUGUCUUUGCAAUUUCUACAUCAUAGAAACAAGGCUUCCUACAGAAGCUGUUGGGGGCUCAAAGGUUGGGUCCAAGAGUCUUGGACAUGCUAUGAGGUCUUUCUUGACAGCACUCUCAGGGUCAUCCCACUACAGAUCUAAACCUCUAUGCCCAACAAGAGUGAGGCAGAUUCCCUCCAGAAUGAGAGUGUCUCUCCUGACCAUAUGAAAGAACCCCUCCCACUGCCAUCAAGGCCACCUAUACUGCCAACUCUUAAUUAUAACCUGCCCUUCUCAAUUCCCUCUGGCUAGCAACUACUUGUACAUCCUCAUACCUGUCUUUUUGUGUGUAGAAGGGAAGAGAUGAGACAGAGAGGGAUGUUCUGAGCAGGAAAGUACAAUGAUGGAAGUUGGGUGGUGAUCAAACCUGUUCUAUCCUGCUCCAGUGGCAGUGGCCACCUCCCACUGCCCAUUACUCUCCUUUCUACUUCUGCACACAGCCACUCUCCUUCAUUAGUUCAGGAAUCAAAGACAAAGUUUUCUCCAGUAUUCUCUCUACAUCUAAAUGCUGCAACAGCAGACAUACCACACGCCACUCGUACAAUCAAAAGUUAAAUGUCACAGCGGGGCCCACAAAGAGCUGGCAGAAAAUAUGAGUCAUAAACCUUGAAGGUGAAAUAUCUUUGUCUCUAACUCUGUUACCCACAGUGGUUCAAUCAUAUGUCCAGCUUUUUUAAAUAAACAUGUGUGCUUCUAAUUUCUUCUUGAUAAUAAGAUGUUGUCUUACAUGGUGGAUAGAAUAGAGGUCCCAGAGUCAGAUGGGUGCUGAGUUCACUUCCUCACUCAGCACCCAUCAGAACGUUUUUAUGAAUAUAAUGUUUUUAAUUCUGCCUCGCUUGUCAUCAAAAGCAUUUUUUAAUCUCCUUACCCAUUUGUUUUGCACAGGCUGGUAUCCAGUGACAAACCCUACUUCACAUUGUUUUCUGCAGUAUCAUUUACCUCACUCCCACCCAGCAGUUAGUUGUUCUCUCUUAAGUGUUCCUAAAGUUAUUUUUGGGAAAUUACAUGAGUUUAACAUUUUUUUCAUUGUGCUUUUCUUGCUUGUUUCUAUCACUGGAUCACAGGCAUAUUGGGAUCAGGAACUGCUUUCCUCAUUAUGAUACCCCUGCAUGGAACAGCACCUGGAGAGUAGGUGUUCAAUAAAUCCUCACUUAGAGGUUGAGUACCUACUAUGUACAAGCACCAUGCUUGGACUUCUCGGCGUGUCUUGCUGAACUAGACACAUCUGCUGUCUUUGUUUGUUCAAGCUGCUUUAACAAAAGACCAAAGAGUGGGUAAUUUAUAAAGAACAGAAAUUUCGAGCUUACAGUCCUGGGGUCUGGGAGGUUAAUGACCAAGGCACUAACAGGUUCAGUGUUUGGUGAGGGCCUAGUCUCUACUUCCAAGAUGGCACCUUGUUGCUGCAUUUUCCAGAGGGGAUGAACACUGCUUCUCAUAUGGGGAGAUGGAAGGGCAAAAAUGGACCUAUCUAGUUACUCCCAGCCCUUUUAUAAGGUCACUAACCCAUUUAUAAAGUUAUAUGGUUUGGAAGUCCCACCCAAAUCUCAUAUUGAAAUGUAAUCCCCAGUGUUGGGGGUGGGGCCUGGUGGGUGGUGACUGGAUUAUGGGGAUGGGUUUCUCAUGAAUGGUUUAGUACCAUCCUCUUGGUACUGUCCUUGAGAUAGUGAGUUCUCACGAGAUCUGGUCCUUUAAAAGCGUAUGGCACCUCCCGCCUCACUGUCUUGCUCCUGCUCCCACCAUGUGAGACGCCUGCUCCCCCGUGAACUCCCACCAUGACUGUAAGCUUCCUGAGGCCUACCCAGAAAUAGAUGCCCGUGUUAUGCUUCCUGUACAGUGUGCAGAACCAUGAGCUAAUUAAACAUCUUUUCUUUAUAAAUUACUCAGUCUCCAGUGUUUCUUUAUAGCAAUGCAAGAACAGACUAAUACAUAAGGGCUCUGCCUUCAUGACUUAAUCACCUCCUAAAUGUCCCACUUCUUAAUGAUAUCACGUUGGGGUUUAAGUUUCAACAUGAAUUUUUGAGGGGACACAAACAUUCAAACCAAAGCACCUGCUAUCCUUUUUCUGUGUCCUUUGCAGGGGGCCCUCCCCUAAAUACAAACAUAGAGUCAUAAGCUCGUCCACUGUGGCAGAGUCACUUGGGUCUGCCUGUUCUUCCUCUUUCCCUGGCCUUUCUAUGAGCCAAUUGUCAGUUGCUUUAAGACCUCUCUCAGCCCCAAUGUUAACUUAGUUAUUUGCAUUGAUUAAUCGCUUAGCAACACAGAAGCAGAAACAGUCAAGAUUUUCACAAAAGGGCGUAGAGUUACCAAGAAAAUCAUUCUUACUCAUACGAGGAUGUAACCUUUGAAAUGUAUUUAAAGAGAAACAAGUUUCUAAACAGAGAGUGAUGUGCCAUAUACAAUUAAGAAUCAGGACAUCUUCUAAUUAUACUUUUGGCACAUGACAAACAAAUUUAUUAUGAGGCUAGAAAAUCAUCCCACAGUUUUACAUUUUGAAUUAUAAUGGAACAAAAGCUUAGCUUCCUUUGUUGCUGGAGACCAAAUCCUCAAGUUUCUGACCUCCUAAUUUCCCAACUCCUAUUUAUUCUGCAAUGAAGACAGUGACUAGAUGAGAUAACAGACACGAAAAUACCAACCACCUGCAAUAAAAAGCCUUACUGAGGGAAGCAACUAGCUCUGGGAAAUGACAGAGGAGAGAAGGAAACAAGGAGAUGACUCUGAGGGUAGAUACCAGAUGAAUAUCACUUUUCAGAAACUCAUUUCUGAAGGAAACAGGAAUUCCAAAGCAGUAAAGCAAUGUGACAUAAAGCAGAAGACAAUUACCACUUAUUAAGGGUUUACUGCAGAGCAGAUAUCAUGUGAAAUGGUAGUUGUGUACGUUAUUUCACUUACAACUUCAAUUUUAUAGUACUUGGCACUUCACAAGAGUCUUCAAAUAUAAUGUCCUAUUUGAUCCUUAUAGUAACCUUAUGAAAUAUGUAUUUUUAUUGUUUUAUUGUUUCAUUGUUAUAAAAUGUUCAUUGUUUCUACCAUUAACUUUUUAGGUUCAUGGUGGAAACAUUACCUGACUUGCUUCAAGUCACACAAUUGCUAACUGACAGAACUAGAACUGAUACCAACAUUCACCAACCAAUUUCAAAAGGUAUGUGUUUUCCACUACGUCACCACCAUCUCUCAUCUUUAAUCUUUUUGAAAGAUAGAAUAUGCUUCCCAAAGAUGGCCGAAUAGGAACAGCCCCGGUCUACAGCUCCCAGUGUGAGUGAUGCAGAAGAUGGGUGAUUUCUGCAUUUCCAUCUGAGGUACUGGGUUCAUCUCACUAGGGAGUGCCAGACAGUGGGCGCAGGACAGUGGGUGCAGUGCACCAUGCAUGAACUGAAGCAGGGUGAGGCAUUGCCUCACUCGGGGAGUGCAAGGGGUCAGGGAGUUCCCUUUUCUACUCAAAGAAAGGGGUGACAGACACCUCAAAAAUCGGGUCACUCCCACCCUAAUAUUGCGCUUUUCAGAUGGGCUUAAAAAAUGGUGCACCAGGAGAUUAUAUCCCACACAUAGCUUGGAGGGUCCUACACCCAUAGAGUCUCACUGAUUGCUAGCAUAGCAGUCUGAGAUCAAACUGCAAGGUGGCAGCGAGACUGAGGGAGGGGCGCCCACCAUUGCCCAGGCUUGCCUAGGUAAACAAAGCAGCCAGGAAGCUCGAACUGGGUGGAGCCCACCACAGCACAAAGAGGCCUGCCUGCCUCUAUGGGCUCCACCUCUGGGGGCAGGGCACAGACAAACAAAAAGAUAGCAGUAACCUCUGCAGACUUCAAUCUCCCUGUCUGACAGCUUUGAAGAGAUCAGUGGUUCUCCCAGCACGCAGCUGGAGAUCGGAGAACAGGCAGACUGCCCCCUUAAGUGGGUCCCUGACCCUUAACCCCGAGCAGCUUAACUGGGAGGCACCCCCCAGUAGGGGCAGACUUACACUUCACACAGCCGGGUACUCCUCUGAGACAAAAGUUCCAGAGGAACGAUCAGACAGCAGCAUUCGUGGUUCAUGAAAAUUGACUGUUCUGCAGCCACCGCUGCUGAUACCCAGGCAAACAGGGUCUGGGGUGGACCUAUAGCAAACUCCAACAGACCUGCAGCUGAGGGUCCUGUCUGUUAGAAGGAAAACUAACAAACAGAAAGGACAUCCACACCAAAAACCCAUCUGUACAUCACCAUCAUCAAAGACCAAAAAUAGAAAAAACCACAAAGAUGGGGAAAAAACAGAGCAGAAAAACUGGAAACUCAAAAAGCAGAGUGCCUCUCCUCCAAAGGAACGCAGUUCCUCACCAGCAACGGAACAAAGCUGGAUGGAGAAUGACUUUGACGAGUUGAGAGAAGAAGGCUUCAGACAAUCAGACAACUCUGAGCUACAGGAGGAAAUUCAAACCAAAGGCAAAGAAGUUGAAAACUUUGAAAAAAAUUUCGAUGAAUGUAUAACUAGAAUAACCAAUACAGAGAAGUGCUUAAAGGAGCUGAUGGAGCUGAAAGCCAACGCUUGAGAACCACAUGAAGAAUGCAGAAGCCUCAGGAGCCGAUGCGAUCAACUGGAAGAAAGGGUAUCAGCAAUGGAAGAUGAAAUGAAUGAAAUGAAGCAAGAAGGGAAGUUUAGAGAAAAAAGAAUUAAAAGAAACAAACAAAGCCUCCAAGAAAUAUGGGACUAUGUGAAAAGACCAAAUCUAUGUCUGAUUGGUGUACCUGAAAGUGACGGGGAGAAUGGAACCAAGUUGGAAAACACUCUGCAGGAUAUUAUCCAGGAGAACUUCCCCAAUCUAACAAGGUAGGCCAACAUUCAGAUUCAGGAAAUACAGAGAACGCCACAAAGAUACUCCUCGAGAAGAGCAACUCCAAGACACAUAAUUGUCAGAUUCACCAAAGUUGAAAUGAAGGAAAAAAUGUUAAUGGCAGCCAGAGAGAAAGGAUGAGUUACCCACAAAGGGAAGCCCAUCAGACUAACAGCGGAUCUCUCGGCAGAAACUCUACAAGCCAGAAGAGAGUGGGGGUCAAUAUUCAACAUUCUUAAAGAAAAGAAUUUUCAACCCAGAAUUUCAUAUCCAGCCAAACUAAGCUUCAUAAGUGAAGAAGAAAUAGAAUACUUUGCAGACAAGCAAAUGCUGAGAAAUUUUGUCACCACCAGGCCUGCCCUAAAAGAGCUCCCGAAGGAAGCACUAAACAUGGAAAGGCACAACUGGUACCAGCCACUGCAAAAUCAUGCCAAAUUGUAAAGACCAUCGAGGCUAGGAAGAAACUGCAUCAACUAAUGAGCAAAAUAACGAGCUAAUAUCAUAAUGACAGGAUCAAAUUCACACAUAACUAUAUUAACUUUAAAUGUAAAUGGACUAAGUGCUCCAAGUAAAAGACGCAGACUGGCAAAUUGGAUGGAGUCAAGACCCAUCAGUGUGCUGUAUUCAGGAAACGGAUCUCACGUGCAGAGACACACAUAGGCUCAAAAUAAAAGGAUGGAGGAAGAUCUACCAAGCAAAUGGAAAACAAAAAAAGUCAGGGAUUGAAAUCCUAGUCUCUGAUAAAACAGACUUUAAACUAACAAAGAUCAAAAGAGACAAAGAAGGCCAUUACAUAAUGGUAAAGGGAUCAAUUCAACAAGAAGAGCUAACUAUCCUAAAUAUAUAUGCACCCAAUACGGGAGCACCCAGAUUCAUAAAGCAAGUCCUGAGUGACCUACAAAGAGACUUAGACUCCCACACAAUAAUAAUGGGGGACUUUAACACCCCACUGUCAACAUUAGACAGAUCAACGAGACAGAAAGUUAACAAGGAUACCCAGGAAUUGAACUCAACUCUACACCAAGCGGACCUAAUAGACAUCUACAGAACUCUCCACCCCAAAUCAACAGAAUAUACAUUUUUUUCAGCACCACACCAGACCUAUUACAAAAUUGACCACAUAGUUGGAAGUAAAGCUCUCCUCAGCAAAUGUAAAAGAACAGAAACUAUAACAAACUGUCUCUCAGAUCACAGUGCAAACAAACUACAACUCAGGAUUAAGAAUCUCCCUCGAAACCGCUCAACUACAUGGAAACUGAACAACCUGCUCCUGAAUGACUACUGUGUACAUAACGAAAUGAAGGCAGAAAUAAAGAUGUUCUUUGAAACCAGCGAGAACAAAGACACAACAUACCAGAAUCUCUGGGACACAUUCAAAGCGGUGUGUAGAGGGAAAUUUAUAGCACUAAAUGCCCACAAGAGAAAGCAGGAAAGAUCGACAAUUGACACCCUAACAUCACAAUUAGAAGAACUAGAAAAGCAAGAGCAAACACAUUCGAAAGCUAGCAGAAGGCAAGAAAUAACUAAAAUCAGAGCAGAACUGAAGGAAAUAGAGACACAAAAAACCCUUCAAAAAAUUAAUGAAUCCAGGAGCUGGUUUUUUGAAUGGAUCAACAAAAUUGAUAGACUACUAGCAAGACUAAUAAAGAAGAAAAGAGAGAAGAAUCAAAUAGACACAAUAAAAAAUGAUAAAGGGGAUACCACCACCGAUCCCACAGAAAUACAAACUACCAUCAGAGAAUACUGCAAACAUCUCUACGAAAAUAAACUAGAAAAUCUAGAAGAAAUGGAUAAAUUCCUCGACAUAUACACCCUCCCAAGACUGAACCAAGAAGAAGUUGAAUCUCUGAAUAGACCAAUAGCAGGCUCUGAAAUUGUGGCAAUAAUCAAUAUCUUACCAACCAAAAAGAGUCCAGGACCAGAUGGAUUCACAGCCAAAUUCUACCAGAGGUACAAGGAGGAACUGGUACCAUUCCUUCUGAAAAUAUUCCAAUCAAUAGAAAAAGAGAGAAUCCUCCCUAACUCAUUUUAUGAGGCCAGCAUCAUCCUGAUACCAAAACCGGGCAGAGACACAACCAAAAAAGAGAAUUUUAGACCAAUAUCCUUGAUGAACAUUGAUGCAAAAAUCCUCAAUAAAAUACUGGCAAACUGAAUCCAGCAGCACAUCAAAAACCUUAUCCACCAUGAUCAAGUGGGCUUCAUCCCUGCAAGGGAUGGUUCAAUACACGCAAAUCAAUAAAUGUAAUCCAGCAUAUAAACAGAACCAAAGACAAAAACCACAUGAUUGUCUCAAUAGAUGCAGAAAAGGCGUUUGACAAAUUUCAACAACGCUUCAUGCUAAAAACUCUCAAUAAGUUAGGUAUUGAUGGGAUGUAUCUCAAAAUAAUAAGAGCUAUCUAUGACAAACACACAGCCAAUAUCAUACUGAAUGGGCAAAAACUGGAAGCAUUCCCUUUGAAAACUGGCACAAGACAGGGAUGCCCUCUCUCACCACUCCUAUUCAACAUAGUGUUGGAAGUUCUGGCCAGGGCAAUUAGGCAGGAGAAGGAAAUAAAGGGUAUUCAAUUAGGAAAAGAGGAAGUCAAAUUGUCCCUGUUUGCAGACGACAUGAUUGUAUAUCUAGAAAACCCCAUUGUCUCAGCCCAAAAUCCCCUUAAGCUGAUAAGCAACUUCAGCAAAGUCUCAGGAUACAAAAUCAAUGUACAAAAAUCACAAGCAUUCUUAUACACCAACAACAGACAAACAGAGAGCCAAAUCAUGAGUGAACUCCCAUUCACAAUUGCUUCAAACAGAAUAAAAUACUUAGGAAUCCAGCUUACAAGGGAUGUGAAGGACCUCUUCAAGGAGAACUACAAACCACUGCUCAAGGAAAUAAAAGAGGAUACAAACAAAUGGAAGAACAUUCCAUGCUCAUGGGUAGGAAGAAUUAAUAUCGUAAAAAUGGCCAUACUGCCCAAAGUAAUUUAUGUAUUCAAUGCCAUCCCCAUCAAGCUACGAAUGAUUUUCUUCACAGAAUUGGAAAAAACUACUUUAAAGUUCAUAUGGAACCAAAAAAGAGCCCGCAUCGCCAAGUCAAUCAUAAGCCAAAAGAACAAAGCUGGAGGCAUCACGCUACCUGACUUCAAACUAUACUACAAGGCCACAGUAACCAAAACAGCAUGGUACUGGUACCAAAACAGAGAUACAGAUCAAUGGAACAGAACAGAGCCCUCAGAAAUAACUCCACUUAUCUACAACUAUCUGAUCUUUGACAAACCUGAGAAAAACAAGCAAUGGGGAAAGGAUUCCCUAUUUAAUAAAUGGUGCUGGGAAGACUGGCUAGCCAUAUGUGGAAAGCUGAAACUGGAUCCCUUCCUUAUACCUUAUACAAAAAUUAAUUCAAGAUGGAUUAAAGACUUAGAUGUUAGACCUAAAACCAUAAAAACCCUAGAAGAAAACCCAGGCAUUACCAUUCAGGACACAGGCAUGGGCAAGGACUUCAUGUCUAAAACACUAAAAGCAAUGGCAACAAAAGACAAAAUUGACAAAUGGGAUCUAAUUAAACUAAAGAGCUUCUGCACAGCAAAAGAAACUACCAUCAGAGUGAACAGGCAACCUACAAAAUGGGAGAAAAUUUUUGCAACCUACUCAUCUGACAAAGGGCUAAUAUCCAGAAUCUACAAUGAACUCAAACAAAUUUACAAGAAAAAAACAAACAACCCCAUCAAAAAGUGGGCGAAGGACAUGAACAGACAAUUCUCAGAAGAAGACAUUUAUGCAGCCAAAAACCACAUGAAAAAAUGCUCACCAUCACUGACCAUCAGAGAAAUGCAAUUAAAACCACAAUGAGAUACCAUCUCACACCAGUUAGAAUGGUGAUCAUUAAAAAGUCAGGAAACAACAGGUGCUGGAGAGGAUGUGGAGAAAUAGGAACACUUUUACACUGUUGGUGGGACUGUAAACUAGUUCAACCAUUGUGGAAGUCAGUGUGGCGAUUCCUCAGGGAUCUAGAACUAGAAAUACCAUUUGACCCAGCCAUCCCAUUACUGGGUAUAUACCCAAAGGACUAUAAAUCAUGCUGCUAUAAAGACACAUGCACACGUAUGUUUAUUGGGGCACUACUCACAAUAGCAAAGACUUGGAACCAACCUAAAUGUCCAAGAAUGAUAGACUGGAUUAAGAAAAUGUGGCACAUAUACACCAUGGAAUACUAUGCAGCCAUAAAAAAUGAUGAGUUCAUGUCCUUUGUAGGGACAUGGAUGAAAUUGGAAAUCAUCAUUCUCAGUAAACUAUCACAAGGACAAAAAACCAAACACCGCAUGUUUUCACUCAUAGGUGGGAACUGAACAAUGAGAACACACGGACACAGGAAGGGGAACAUCCCACUCUGGGGAAUGUUAUGGAGUGGGGGGAGGGUGGAGGGAUAGCAUUAGGAGAUAUACCUAAUGCUAAAUGACGAGUUAAUGGGUGCAGCACACCAGCAUGGCACAAGUAUACAUAUGUAACUAAUCUGCACAUUGUGCACAUGUACCCUAAAACUUAAAGUAUAAUAAUAAUAAAAUAAAAUAAAAUAAAAAAGAAUAUGCUUCCCAACUUUUAGUCACUCUGGUCUCAUCAUGGACAUCAUUUCCACCAAAAAGUCUUCCCUAAAUAAUUUAUUAGAUGUUCCUUUCAUAAGCACCCAUACCAUUCUAAGAUUGUCUCCUCCCUGGCCAUGUAUCAAAAUUGCUCAUUUCCUAGUCUUCCUCCCUCACCACACAGUCAACCCCUCAACAGAACUGCUUUCUGUAUCCUCAAUGCUAGGACAGUUCUUGGCAUAAGAUACACCUCCAUAAGUUACUUAAGUACAAAAUUGAAAUGUACACAUCUGUAGCUUCUUCUUGAUGGUUGAGUAUACCGACAAUGACCAUCCAUUGUUCUCCAGUGCUGUGAGGCAUCCAGGUUCUCAGGAUGAUGGGGUUUUCCCUUGCUUUGAAGAGCUCAUGGUAUCCUUUCUUAUCUGCUAUUUCCAAAUUGUGAGAGAGGAGAAAAAGCAGAUGAACAGUAUAUACAAUUGCCUGUAAAGUAGCACCCUUGGGUAUAGCACUGCCUAGAGAUGAAGGAUUUCCAAUCAGAUUUUCUAAUUUUGCCUCUGCCACUCACUAGAUGUUCUAACCUCUUUAUGCAUCUAUUUCCAGAUUUUUUAAUGGGGUAGUGAUAGCACCUAAAAAGGUAGGUAUCAUUAUUCCCAUUCUUAUACAUGGAGUUUGGCAGAGUUAAGUAAACUGCCAGGUAGUUUGAAGUAGCAAAACUGUCUGCCUGAUGUCAAAUUCUGUACUCCACUCUCCCACUAUUUGACAGGACUCAUCAAAAACAGAUAGAUAAUAAAUCUCCACAUGAAUAUUUGGGUCUAUACAAAAAUCUACAUACUAUCAUAAACCCAUUUAUCAAAGUUAUAUUGCAUGCAGGCACCGUGCUAGACACUGGGGCUAGAGUAAUGCUUAAGCUAUCACAAGCUAUGCCUUCAUGUGCUAAUAAAGAAAAAGGGGAGGCCAAAAAUUAAGCAACUAGUUAUGAUAAAGUGUGAUAAAUCCUAUGAUAGAAGAAAUAUGAAAUGCUAUGGGAACACACAUUGGUGGGUUCUAACCAAAUAAAGGGGUCAAGGAAGAGCUACCAGAGGAAGUAAGAGUUUAAGCUUAAAAUCUGAAGAUUCAGUAGGUAUCUUCAGCUGGAUGAAAUCUUGGCAGAAGGGUCUGGGAAAGAAAGAUCAAAAGUAUAUUCCAGUCAGAAGAAUUAGCAAUGCAAAGGCAUGUAAACAAAUUAAUUACAAAAAGUUUAAUAGAGCUGGGGUAUAACAUUCAUGGGGUAUUGAUAGAACAGCAAAGAAGAAAGACAGUAGUAGUCACAUGAUAAAGAACUUCAAACCCAUACUACAGAGAGUGUACCCUAAAGAUAAUGAAGAACAUUUAUGUGACUUUAAGUAAAGCAAUGGUAGGAUUUAAUGUGUAGUUCAGAAAUCUCACCCUGCUCACAGAGGGGAGAAAUGGAUUAUAAAGGGGCAAGACUGGCUGGAAGACUGAUUGGGAAUCUACAGUAGGAAUACAAAGAUAGGUGUUGGUAGGCUGGGCCAGGUGGAAGCUGUGCUGAUGAAGAGAAAUUGACAGAUUUAAGAAAUCUGUGGGCGGCAAGAUGACAUUUCCUGGUGAUGGAUUCAGUGUGAGAGGUAAUGGAGCCAAAGAUGAUCCUGAUUAUUUCUGGCUUAGGCAAUGGGGUGAACGGCAGUGUCCUCAACUAAUACAAGGAACACUGGAAGAGAAGCAAGUCAGAGUGUAAAAAAAAGACAAUGAAUUUAAUUUUUGGACUUUUGAGGUUAAGAUAUCUGUGAGGAAUUCAAGUGGAGAUAUCCAGGAAGCAGCUAGAUACAUGGACCUAGAAUUCAGGAGAGUGGUCUGAGCUAGAGACGUAGCUGUAGGAAUCAGAAGAAUACAGAUGGUCACUUUUGAAAUGAGAAUGAAUGGGUUCACCCAGGGAGGAUGUGGAGAAGGAGAGAAGUCCACCUAGGGUUAAUGCUGAGGAGUGGCUGAUGAGAUGGAAUACUGCACAGGAAUGUGAGGGUAGCCCUGACAAUGAAAAAAACUGUCAGGAAAGCAAGGUGUGGGGAGGAGGAGAAUUCUCUGCAACAGGUUCCAAGGUCUUCAAUGACUGAUAAUCUCUAAUGUCCAUUGGAAUAUAGGAGUGGGGGCAGGGGACAAUUAAGACUCUCAGAUUUACCUUGAGUUGGAUCUGGGAUCCAGCAACUAUUGUGCAGAAGACAAAAAUAGUCCACUCUUCUUCCAACCCUCUUCCUCCAUCUUUUUCAUACCAUGGGGCCACACAGAAGUCAGGUCAAUGUAGCUAGAGGUCUCUGUCCAUCAGACAUGUACUGUCCAAGUGCAUAAGUGGGAGUCCAGCCUCGUCUCACACCACCACCACCACAACCACCACCACUAUCUUCACGGUGCUUGUUCCCUCCAAAGUGGAAGACACAAAUGAAAGGGAACAGAAGAACAGCAGGAUGCUCUAGGUAAGCUGCCAGGCAGAAAGCCUCAUGUCAACAUUCAUGGGGCGGGAGCAGAUGGCAGACCCUAUUCAUCCCAUUAUGCUGUGGCCAGGAAAUUAAAAUACUAUCCUCACAGUCCUGUCACAGUAUCUUGGAUGUUUCAGCACAGAAAUUUAAACAUGAAUUUUUCUAAACUCCUAUUCCCAUCCCUGUGAAUAGGCUGGAAUGUGGUUAAGAGGGUAUGAAAAAGCAGUGAUUUCUUAAUCCUUAAGAUGACAAAGGAAGCUUGGAGGCUGCCCAGGACCAGAGGCCCCUCCCAUCCUGGGCCCAGUUGCCUUUGGAGGUGUCUUGCCAGAAGGAGGCCAGACCUUCAAGGAACACGUGUGACAGAAUGCUCAGUUGGGUUCUUCUUGUUAUCUUAGAAUUAAAGCCCUAUCUGAAAAGAAGACACACUUUAAAGAUGGUCACUAACAUUUAGGGCCUGACACCACCUUCAGACUUUGUUAAAGGACACCAGAGCCAGCCUUAUUACUACUCUCAAUCAAAACCACAGCCUUGUUUUCUGUAUUAGUCCAUUUUCACACUGCUGAUAAAGACAUACCUGAGACCGAGUAAUUUAUAAAGAAAAAGAGAUUUAAUGGACUCACAGUUCCACGUGGCUGGGGAGGCCUCACAAUCAUGGUGGAAGGCAAAAGGCACAUCGUACACAUGGCAGCAGGUAAGAGAGAAUGAGAGCCAAGCAAAAGGGGAAAUCCCUUAUAAAACCAUCAGAUCUCGUGAGACUUAUUCACUACCAUGAGAACAGUAUGAGGGAAACUGCCCCUUUGAUUCAAUUACCUCCCACCAGUCCCUCCCACAAUACAUGGGAAUUAUGGGAGCUAUAAUUCAAGGUGAGAUUUGGGUGGUGACACUGCCAAACCAUAUCAUCUUCCUUCUAGUCCCUCCCCCCAGUGAAAUAAGAGGUGAAAUUAGAGGAUGCUGGAAGCAGCCUUGGAGUACAAUUUUGUGGUCAUAGGAGAUUUCCACCCACCCCAUCCUUUCAUUUCCCUAAAAAGAAACAUCAUUUACAAAAAGGGGGCAAUGCUGCAAAAAGCUUACUGGCAUCUCACUUCCUUGUUAGAUGUCUUCCUGGGCAGCAAACUCAAUGAUCUUAUCCUGGACCCAAAAGGCAAGUAGAGAGGGAGUCAGGGAAAGACAUCCGGGUGUACUUUAGGGCCUGAAAUUCCACGUGAUGUCUUGAUGUCUUUGAGCCUCACAAGCUUCAAAGGCUCAACCCUGAGUCCCCUGGCUCUUGCCAGAUACAUCUCCCACCCAGCAGGAAAGGUUCUCCAUCCAGCUUGUUCGUCUAUUAGCUGGGCUGGCUGCACCCCUCCACAGCCCUCAACUUAAAUCUUCUGCCAGGUUUAAAAUUAUUCAGACAGGGCAAUCUAUCUUCCUAUGGGAACCAACAGUCACCUCACCCCCUUGCAAAUACAAAGCCUUCCUCCCAUAGCCCCUUCUGGUUCACUCUGUUCCUGGGUACAAUUCCAUGUGGUCCUGCAGGACAUGUGAUGUUCUUCUUCCCCAGGUUGUGAAUCUGUAUGACUAAUAAACUGGAAGUCUCAU